CCGCUGGGCUCAAGCCUCCGCCCUCCAGGGCCGCAGUAGUCGCCCUCCGCCGCGGGAGCUGGAGGUGGUCUUGGCAGACCUGAGUAUGAAAGGCCAGGCCAUAGAUUCCUGUUGGCACAGACGAUCAUCUCCUAACCCAGUGCACAUGCCCAGGAUGUCUGCAGGCUGCUAGGACCCCAGCCUCCUUGUCAUGGACUUCCCAGACUGGUCAGUAGCUCUUUAACCUGGAAAGAGCUAGGUGGCCCAAACCCCAUUCCUGUGGGAUGAUGAUUCCGAGAGUCCUGGGAAGGACUCAGUUCUCAGCUCCCAAUAGUGACCUCUUUCCACUCAAAAUUUCUGGUUUCUAAUGUCAAAAUAAUGCACAAUUGCCUGGGUGGUAGUGGUGCUUGCUUUUAAUCUCAGCACCAGGAAGCAGAAGCAGGUGGAUUUCUGUGAGUUCAAGGCCAGGCUGAUCUCUGGUCUACAGAGUGAGUCCCAGAACAUCACAUCCAAGGCUACACAGAGAAAUCCUGUCUCCAAAAACAAAACAAAACCAAAGAAUAAACAAGCCCACAAAACAGAUGCAACUAUCCUCUGGAGUGGCCAAAGGCCUGAGAGAUGUGACUGCAGCCCAGAACAUGCAGCAGACAGGUCAAUCCUUAUGGGCGUCUCCCGUUCCGAUGUGAAGGAGACCAUGUCCAAGCCCCCCGACUGCCUUUCUUGGAUGCUCAAGGCCACCCCCAGACAUCGCAUCUUCACCCUCUUCGUUAUCAGCUUCAAGUUCACGUUCUUGGUCUCCAUCUUGAUCUACUGGCACACUGUGGGAGCACCCAAGGACCAAAAACAACAGUAUAGCCUGCCGGUGGACUUCCCCUGCCCCCAGCUGGCCUUUCCUAGAGUCUCUGCCCCAGGUAACAUCUUCUUCCUAGAGACAUCAGACAGAACCAGUCCCAGCUUUCUGUUCAUGUGUUCUGUGGAAUCGGCGGCCAGGGCACACCCUGAGUCCCAGGUGGUGGUGCUCAUGAAAGGGCUGCCUAGAGACACGACAGCCCGACCCCGGAACCUUGGCAUCUCUCUUCUGAGCUGCUUUCCCAACGUCUGGAUACGACCUCUGGACCUGCAAGAACUGUUUGAGGGCACACCACUGGCAGCCUGGUACUUGGAGGCACAGCACAGGUGGGAGCCCUACCUGUUGCCAGUACUGUCUGAUGCUUCCAGGAUCGCGCUCCUCUGGAAGUUUGGUGGCAUCUACCUAGACACAGACUUCAUCGUCCUCAAGAACCUGCGCAACCUGACCAACAUGCUGGGUGUCCAAUCCCGCUACGUCCUCAAUGGCGCCUUCCUAGCCUUCGAGCGCAAGCAUGAGUUCUUGGCACUGUGUAUACAUGACUUUGUGGCCCACUACAAUGGUUGGAUUUGGGGCCACCAGGGCCCCCAAUUGCUUACCCGAGUCUUCAAGAAGUGGUGUUCCAUCCACAGCCUGAGAGAGAGCCGUGCCUGCCGUGGGGUCACUGCCCUGCCCCCCGAGGCCUUCUACCCCAUCCCCUGGCAGAACUGGAAGAAAUACUUUGAAGACAUCAGUCCCGAGGAGCUGACCCAGCUCCUCAAUGCCACCUAUGCUGUUCACGUGUGGAACAAGAAAAGUCAGGGUACACACCUAGAGGCCACAUCCAGGGCUCUGCUGGCCCAGCUCCAUGCCCGCUAUUGCCCUACGACACACAGAGCCAUGAAGAUGUACCUGUGACAGCCCUCCAGGCCGCAGUCAUAGCGUAUCGACAUCGUCACUGCCCUUCCAGGGAGGCAAGAUGAACAGACAGGAAAAGGGGGCUCCGAGAUGCUGCUGGUGACUUUAGAGGAGACCACGCUGGCCUAGGGACCCUGUGCCACUUCCACACCUGCCCCUCCAGGCCAGAGGGAGAUCUUGGAUACCCUUUGUCUAGUGUUCUAGGCUGCCCGGUGAUUCCAGAAUUACUAGCAUCUGGGGUCUUAAUGGGCUAGAUCACAAGAACACUAAUGAGUGUUCUAAGGUAGCUGGAAAACAGUUGGUUAGAGGUGGGAUCAGGAGUGGAGAUUGGAAAAACCUGGGUAGAAAUGCUAAGGGAAAGCCAGUGGUGGUGCAUGCCUAUAAUCCCAGCACUCUGGGAGGCAGAGGCAGGCGGAUUUCUGAGUUCGAGGCCAGCCUGGUCUACAAAGUGAGUUCCAGGACAGCCAGGGCUACACAGAGAAACCCUGUCUCGAAAACAAAAUCCAAAAAAAAGAGAAAGAAAUGCUAAGGGAAAAGGAUCUGGCUCUCAGCCUCAUGAGCCCAAGGGGAGGGGCAGAGCUGCCUGGGAACACCAUCUUUCCUCCCCUGGGACUCUGCUCUGAAGUUCUGUCACAGCCUGUUCCAGUGUUCAGGGACGUGGAAAUUCUUUAGGCUCAGAAGAAGGGUUUUAACCCCUCUCCCUGUUGUAGACACUGGGGGCUAUAAUAAAAGUGACUCACCAACA